AUGGCCGACGAAAUCCAGCAAAAAUUGCUCCAACGGGUCCAGCGACCCGCACAACUCGAAGCUGCCGACGAUAUCCAGGUACCACCUCUUACUUUUACGCGUUCCGCGUUUCCCGUCUAUUUUCCCUCGUCCGCUUCCUUCCUACCAACCCGCGAGAUAUUUCCCCCCGUUUCGUCCGCCCCUAACCUCCCAGUUACCGCGAGACGUUACGCGUCGUUCGACGUUCUUCCGCGUUCGACGCUUUCUCCCAACUUGCAAGCGCCAUUCCCGAGUAUCGACCGCGACUUUGCCGAUGUCGGUUACGUCCGCCGUUGCAUUCCUACGACCACGCGCCGUGUUUUUCCAUUUCCUCGAAAAGAUGCUUUUCAAACGUUCAAACUUUCCAUCGAGUCGAACGUGAAGCGUUUCCCCGACGGACGACCACGCCUCGUCGAUCGAAACAUCGCGGAGGAAGUUUCCAAAAUGUUGGAGUUGAAAGCUCGAUUGCCAGAGAAGAACGGCGAAGCGGCAGCGGCGGCGGCACCUUCCAAGCAGCACCAGCAGCAGCAGCUUCUUCUCAAAACGCCGAAAGGUACGCGAGACUACGGCCCUGAACAAAUGGCGCUUCGACUCGCGGUACUGGAUAAAAUAGUGACCGUGUUCAAGAAGCACGGCGCCGAAACUAUAGAUACUCCCGUCUUCGAACGGAAAGCAGUCUUGACGGGAAAGUACGGCGAAGACUCGAAACUCAUCUACGACCUCAAGGACCAAGGUGGAGAGAUUUUAUCGCUGAGGUACGACUUGACCGUACCGUUUGCCAGAUACCUGGCAAUGGGGAAGAUCUCUUCCGCCAAGAGGUAUCACAUAGCGAAAGUUUACCGAAGGGACAAUCCGUCCACGACCAGGGCUAGAUACAGAGAAUUCUACCAAUGCGUAAGUCUCUCGACGACCAACGUCGUCGUCUCCUCUGAUCGUGAUCGUGUACCACGUAUGACCGACGAUUUCGACAUAGCUGGACGGUACGACCCCAUGAUACCGGACGCGGAAUGUAUUCGUAUCGUUUCCGAGGCGUUGCGAUCUCUCGACGUGGGACCUUACGCGAUCAGAUUGAAUCACAGAUCGCUGUUGGACGGUAUCUUCGCCGCUUGUGGCGUUCCCAGCGACAAGUUUCGCGCCGUGUGUUCAGCCGUCGACAAGUUGGAUAAGAAUCCCUGGUCCGAAGUCAGAAGGGAGAUGAUCGAGGAGAAAGGCCUCGACGAAUCCAGCGCCGACGAAAUUGGCGCUUACGUCUCGCAGUCCGGUGGAACGGAAUUGAUCUCGAAAUUGAGGGCCGACGACCGACUGACGAGAUACGAGUCCGCGGUAAAAGGGCUGGAAUCCGUGGAAUUGUUGUUCCAGUACUGCGACCUGCUGCGAGUCGCGGACGAGAUAAUUUUCGAUCUCAGUCUUGCCAGGGGGCUCGAUUAUUACACGGGUGUGAUAUUCGAGGCGAUACUGACCGGUGAGUUUGUCGGAGUUUCUCGCUUGAAAACGCAGUCUCGUUUCGUUUCGUUUCGUUUUUUUUCUUUUCCCGCAGGUGACGACGUUGGCGUUGGCAGCGUUGCGGGCGGUGGUCGUUACGACAAUUUGGUCGGAAUGUUCGACAACAGGAACAAGUCGAUUCCCUGCGUCGGUCUGUCGUUGGGUGUCGAGCGAAUCUUCAACGUUCUCGAGACAAGGUUGAACCGGAGAGGAGUGAAAACGCGAACUACCGAGGUCGAGGUAUUCGUAGCGACUGCGCAAAAAAAUUUGCACGAGGAACGAAUGAAACUUUUGUCGAUUCUUUGGGACGCCGGUGUGAAAGCUGAACAAUCUUACAAGAGAAACGUAAAGUUGCUCGCGCAAUUGCAGCAUUGCGAGGAAACCGGAAUACCGUUGGUCGUGAUAAUCGGCGAAGCAGAACUGGCUAGAGGAGAGGUCACGUUGAGGGACGUUGCGUCGCGUGCCGAACUUUCCGUUCCGCGAGCCUCUUUGAUCGAAGAGAUAAGGAAAAGGCUGUGAAGGCUGCGCACAUAUACAACGGAUCGCUUCCACUGUUGAUCUAUAUGGUUGAAUACGGUACCGUGCCUGACGCGGUGAUUCUGCGAUCCUACGUUCGUCCGUUCGUCGUCGAGCGUAAUUUUUUACCUUUGUUCUGCGUUGCGCGACGACGCUUCGACGCGAGCGAACGGAGCGAAAGAAUUUUGCGUUCCUGUGUAAACUCGAUCGUGCGUGAUUAAUUUGUCGUUUGAUCGUCGAACGAUCGAAUAAAGGUAGUACGUACGUGGAUGUCGAACGUACCGUGUAAGUUGAGAAUCGUAUCGUUGCGCGAUGUCUCGUCUCUCUUGGAAAUCGCUCGACCGUGAUUCUAUCUUCUGACUCGCGUUCCAAGUGGAAGGAAAAGGCGAAAGAAAGAAAAAAAAAAAAACGGAA